CGGAUUUUCCCCCAGAUUUAGCCAACUGACGUAGCUGACGCUGAAUUUGUUGGUUAAGUGUGAUGCGAUUUUCCCAAGUAAAAUAAAUAAAAUCUUCCAAAAAUGAGUCGUCGACGCCCUCACGAAGAAGAGGACGGCUAUGACCGUGCCUACCGCAAACGGCGCCGAGUCUCCGAAAAUCAAGAGAUCGAGGACCGCCUGGAGUCCCUCAUUCUCCGAGUCGGUGAAAAAAGCACCUCCUCACUAGAAUCCAACUUGGAGGGCCUAGCCAGUGUCCUAGAGGCCGACUUAUCCACAUUUCGGGUCAAAAUAUUGCGAAUUUUAACGGACUGUGCCAUCAAAAUGCCGGAAAAAUGCACGAUUUACACGACUCUGGUCGGCCUCCUUAACGUGAAAAACUACAAUUUCGGGGGCGAUUUUGUCGAGUACAUGGUGAAGAAUUUUAAGGAGUCUUUGAAGAAUUGCAAGUGGGACGCGGCGAGAUAUGCGUUACGGUUUUUGGCCGACUUGGUCAACUGUCACGUCGUUUCGGCCCCCUCUUUGCUCCAGCUGUUGGACAACAUGAUUGACGCCGCCAACGAAGACAACGUCCCGCAAGUCCGUCGCGAUUGGUACGUUUUCGCCAUUUUGAGCACACUACCAUGGGUGGGCCGCGAGCUGUACGAAAAGAAGGAGCAAGCCUUGGAGCAUCUCCUAGUACAAAUUGAAGUUUUCUUAAACAAGAGGACCAAGAAACACCACAACGCCUUAAGGGUCUGGGCUAUUGACACUCCCCACCCUCAGGAGGAGUACCUCGAUUGUUUGUGGUCCCAAAUUCGUAAAUUGAGACAAGACAACUGGGCGGAGAAGCACAUUCCUCGCCCGUACUUAGCGUUUGAUUCAAUUCUGUGCGAGGCUUUACAGCACAGUUUGCCCUCAAUCCUCCCUCCUCCACACCACGAUUCGUACCAGUACCCCAUGCCUUGGGUCACUUUCCGCUUGUUUGAUUAUACCGACUGCCCGGAAGGGCCGAUCCUCCCGGGGGCUCACUCAAUCGAGCGAUUUUUAAUCGAGGAACACAUUCAUUCAAUCAUCGAAAUGUACCACUUGGAGAGAAAAGAUUGCGCGGCACAUCUUUUGAAUUUCCCGUACAAACUCAAAAUUCCACUCGAGUAUUGCAUAGUCGAGUGCAUUUUCGCCGAACUGUUUCAUAUGCCGACGCCUCGGUACUUGGAAAUUGCCUAUGGGGCUAUUUUGAUCGAAUUGUGUAAACUACAACCGUCGACAAUGCCACAGGUUUUGGCCCAAGCGACCGAAAUGUUGUUCAUGAGGAUUGAUUCAAUGAACGUGUCGUGUUUUGACCGAUUUGUCGGUUGGUUUUCGUAUCAUUUGAGUAAUUUUCAAUUUCGGUGGUCGUGGGAGGAUUGGGAUAGUUGUUUGACGCUCGAUAUGGAGCACCCCAAGCCCAAGUUUAUCAGGGAAACGAUGUUAAAAUGCAUGAGACUGUCGUACCAUCAAAGAAUUAGGGAGAUUCUUCCAGAUUCGUUCAGUUGUUUCAUCCCAGCGAAGCCGGAGCCCGACUACAAAUACGCGAAGGAGGGGGCUGCGUCACUUCCGGGUACUACGGCUGCCCAUCAAUUGGUGGUGUCAAUACGUCAGAAGUGCACCCCCGAGGAGGUCCUAGGGGUGCUUAAGGACCUCCCAAACCCCCGUUCAGAAGAAGAGACUGAUAGCAGAUUUAAUCCUCUCAAAAUCGACGUUUUUGUGCAAACUCUACUCAACUUAGGGUCGAAGAGCUUCUCGCACAGUUUUGCAGCGAUUUCCAAGUUUCUUUACGUUUUUAAGAUUUUAGCAGAGUCGGAGGAAGCUCAAAUUUGCGUUUUACGAAACAUGUUCGAAUUGUGGCACCACCACCAACAAAUGAUGGUCGUUUUAGUUGACAAAAUGUUGAAAAUUCAAAUUGUCGAGUGUUCAGCGGUCGCUAAUUGGAUUUUUUCCAAAGAGAUGACGGCCGAAUUCACCAAAAUGUACUUGUGGGAAAUUUUACAUCUGACUAUUAAAAAAAUGAACAGACACGUGAUUAAGCUAGGGGGUGAACUAGCUGAAGCUAGAGAGAAACUAGCACGGGCUGAAAGCAGCGAAAGUGAGUCUGAAGAUGAGGAUUCGAAGAAGAAGCAAUCUGAUAACGAGAAACCAACUGAAGAGUAUGUUGAAAGGAUGGAAGAGAAGUUGGAAGCGGCACAAGCCGAUCAGAAAAACUUGUUCCUGAUUAUUUUCCAGAGGUUUAUAAUGAUACUGUCUGAACAUUUGGUCAGGUGUGACACGGAUGGGCGCGACUAUAACACCCAUUGGUACAAGUGGACAAUUGGGAGGCUCCAACAAGUGUUUCUAGCGCAUCAUGAACAAGUUCAGAAAUACAGUUCUACGUUGGAAACGCUGCUGUUUACCCAAGACUUGGACCCACACAUUCUCGAAGUAUUCCAACAGUUCGUCUCUUUGAGAGCUUAAUUUUUUAUUUAAUUUACAUUGUAAAGUGUAGUUUAUAUCGUCUCAAUUACAAUUCAUAAAUAAAAAGUAUAUCAAUAUACGAUAA